AUGUUGCUACAGAACCUGCAAAUUGAAGAUGUCUCCUUCUCGAAUCUAAAGUAUUCUCAAGCCACCGCUGCUAAACAAGCUCAAACGUGCCAACCCAACCAGUACUCAUGUAGUAAUGGUCGCUGUAUCCCUCAGACUUGGCUGUGUGAUCGGGAUGAUGACUGUGGGGACAAGUCAGACGAAGCUCCUUCAUGUGCUUUCCCUACCUGUGAACCGCUGACCCAGUUCAGCUGUACAAACGGAAGGUGCAUCAGCAUGAAAUGGCAUUGUGAUUCAGAUGAUGACUGUGGAGAUGGCAGCGAUGAGGCUGGGUGUGUUCGCUCCUGUUCCAAUAUUCAGUUCCAGUGCUCAAGUGGUAGAUGCAUUCCAGACCACUGGGCCUGUGAUGGAGAUAACGACUGUGGGGAUUUCAGUGAUGAAAGAAAUGCUACCUGUACAGGGGAAGCUAUGCAUCCCCUAGGCGACUGUAACAGCGAGGAAUUUUAUUGUCAUACUGACGGGACUUGUGUUCCUGUGCGCUGGCGCUGUGAUGGUGACAAGGACUGCGAGGAUGGCAGUGAUGAAAGGAACUGUGAAGGAACCAGGAGAAUGUGUGACCUAAAAUCGAAAUUCACCUGCAAAGUAUCAGGGAAGUGCAUCAGUAAGAAUUGGGUGUGUGAUGGAGACAAUGAUUGUGAAGACCUCUCAGAUGAAGAAAACUGUGAGAAUAUAGCCUGUAAGCCUCCAAAAUACCCCUGUGCUAACGACACCACCAUAUGCCUACAGCCGGAGAAAAUCUGCAGUGGGAAGAUUGACUGUCCAGAUGGGUCGGAUGAAGGACCAUUGUGUGGUAACUGAUGUUUCAAAUCCAUUAUUAUUUUGUUUCAAAUUUUGCAUUUCCCAAAU